AUGCAAAAUGAUAACCAAAACAAGUAUGAACUAGUUAAGAAAGAAACUAAAGGUGUAGUUGAAAUUAAACAUUUAGCAACUAAUGAAGUGACACACAAAAAGUUUAGACAGAAAGUUCCGGGUGGUUAUUGUGCAAAAUUAAUUGAUCCAAUAACCGAGGUACUUCUAGCAGAAAUAAAAGGGGAUAGUUCAAAAGCAAAACUAAAAAACAUUUUAUUAUAUCAGCCCGACGAUAAUAUCGAAUUAAAAGAUUCUGGAAUGUUUAGUUUUGAACAUAAAUUUCGAUGGGAAAAUGAAAAAUUCGUAUGGAAAAGACAUGCAUUCUCCAAGGAGUUGGAAUGUAAAAUGAUGCAGCCUGGCAAUGAACCAAAUAUGUGCAUCGCACUAUAUCAGCCCAAAAACAAAAACGUUGGAACAGUGAAUAUUAUGAGUGAUAACAUGAAUCGUCUUAAUAUUCAAGAUCGACGUGGACUUGAAUACGUUUUAUUAAUGUCUAUAUUGUCAUUUUUGGAUAAAUCAGAAGAUGAUAGUAUCUCUAAGGAAAAAAAUGAAUUUAUUUUGGGAGAAGAAUCAAAAGGGGAAUUGAAAGAGGAAUCAAAAAAGGUUGAAAAUAAAGAAAAAAAGAAAAAAGAGAGGGAGAAGAAGAAGCAUAAAAAACAAAAUGAGAAAAUUGUAAAAGAAUCGGUCGAAGAAGACAGAUCUCAAAAAUCGAAGCAAGAAAAGAUAGAUGAGGAAUUAGCAAGGAAAAUAGUGGAAGAACAAAAAGGUUCAAUAGGCACAACAGGUCACUAUACUAGACAGACACGAUCAAAUUCUUUCUCAUCUUCAUCUUCACCCAAUGUAUACCCACCACUGCCAUCAGAUUCGAACCGUAAGCAGAAACUGGCAAAGCACAAACCUAAAGAAUAUACAAAUGAAUUUGGAUGGUAA